CCGACUGCCGCCGUUAGCUUGCCUUGUUUUGAGUGACUUGCGACACAGUCGCGAGAGAAUUGAGCCACCGUCUCGCUCGAGUUGCUAACCCCGCAACUCGAGGUAGGGAGCGUCGAUGGCGGAACCAUCUAUCGCCCCAAUUGCCAGCACGGCAGCUCCGCGGCCCACUACACCUGUCGCGCUUCGGCCAUUGACGCCUACAAGUCCGGCCAUGGCUCCAUCGGACGCGUCACCGACCCAACGUGUCCUUGGUGUAUUCUUCCCCGACGACGACGUCAAUGUAGAUCGAGUGCAUGAAUGCCCCGUGUGUCUACGCACCUUUUCUCUCGUUCGAUUCAAGCAUCGAUGCAAAGCGUGCGAUCGCAACGUGUGCAACGACUGCUCCAAGAGCCGACUGCGCUUGGAUGACAUGGGGCUAGACGGCGCGAACACGCCCAAGCGUGGUGGCGGUCAUCACGUUGCGCGAAAAGACCGUGGCCACAAGAGCUCUCGCGUAUGCGACCCUUGUGCUCGCAGCUACUUUGAGAGCAAACUCGAAGCGGACUUUUCCACUUCGUCCACCCCACUCGUCACUCCAUUGUUACAUCCGGCACUUACUCCACCGUCAUUGGAUUUGGCUAGCGACGCUUGCCUGCCCCUCUCGCCGUCGGCCAAGCACCAUGUCGGAGCCUCAGCAUUGCCCCCUCACAACGUGGCUGUUCGCCCAACGACCAUCCAGUGGCUACGACGUCGCCACUUUGUGUUCUUUGGCGUAUUUUCAUUCUUUUUGGUCAUUCGGCUACUGGCACCGCAACGAUUUGCCCAACGCUCGACUGUUGUUAACGUUCCACGCGCGUUCGUUGGGACCGACGCGGUGGUCGCUGCUAUCCAUCGCAUGACCAGGCUGGACGUGUUUGCAGUUGGGCUCCUUGUAUUAGUUGCCGUGGACGAAUGGCUCGCGUUUCGGCGUACUCGAAUGCUGAAAAGUCCACAGACCGUGAAUCGAACCCAGCAUUUGCCUCCUGACGCAAAAUCAGUAAGCGACUGCCCGGAUGGGGUUGCCAUGACCCCCGAUGCCACACCCGGGACUGCAGCCCCCAUUCGUGUUGAUGUCGAAGCCAGCGGCGGGUUGAGCUGCACCAACGACGACGUGAGCCUCGACAAGCUCUGUCAAGUGCUGACGGAUAGCUGCAACGAAGGCUCGGACAUGACGGUGGCAUCGUAUUCGACUUGCAGCGCGGAAACAGCAAAGUUGCUCGUGUGCUUUGGAAAAGCGACGGCAUUUGCUGGGAGCACUGUGGCGGGGUACGUGGAAUCGAUUGAGAGCGCCAUGGCCGCGUCAACCCUUCAAGCCAAGCCGCUGACGUUGCGCGACGUUGUGGCCAAAGAAGUUGAGCUCGGGACCGCUUCCAGCGGCGGCAAGAAGAACCCGUCCGUGAGUCGAUGCGUGUUGCGCCUUCUUUGGUUUCUCGAAUUCGUUGAAACUAUCCUGGGCGUGCUGACGGACUCUAGCACGGAGGACGACAUUGGCACGGGCGUUUCGAAAGGUUCGUCGUCCCUCGGUGUGUUCAUUUGCGUACACUUUACCAUUCUAUACGACGUGAAUGAGGGCAAGCGUCGCUGUGUUCCGGAUGCACCUGUGGAGGGCAACAAUAACGUUGUGCCUUGAUCAAUAGCCUACGAAUCGACGCUGGGGACGCGGCAUCCUUGGCUAAUUCGCAAGGGCGUCAUGACGGCGUUGAGUUCUUGUCCAUUAAAGUCGGCCGUGCUGGCCAAGAUGGUGCUGUCCAAGCCGUCGGAAGACAAGCUGGUCACGCUGGUAGACAUUCAACGCCAAAUGAAAGCCGUCAUCGAGACGACUCGCCACAUCUUGACGGACAAGGACCUGAUGGACAUUAAGUAAGCUGCGAUGAAACCACGUGCCGUCGUUGUAUUGUUUGUACGGUUUCAAUGCGUGUAACGCUGGGCGACCGGCCGCUUCAUUUCCGCAUGGAGAGAUGGAAGUCCCUGGACAUUUCAAUUGCGUGGCGCAGCAUGUUGCUGCCCUGCCAAUGGAACUGCAAUUGGCCAAAGAUGUCAAACCUCUCUGUAUGGCGUACUACGACCAGCCGCUUGACCUCUUCCGUGCCAACCCGAAAGUCU